AUGCCAGUUGUGACGGAUGGAUGGUGGGCUCUCCCUGAGAGCAGAGGGUUGGCGAGAAGAGGAAGACUAAGUGGUGGUAAUGUCACCUGUCAAAGCAAUAAGCUUGUCCGCGUAAAAACUCGCUUGCCAAUGCUGAUCAGCAACACGCCAUCGAGCCCAUUCACGCAGAAAGCGUUAGAUUUUUAUGGGCCCUUGGAGAAUUCGAGGCGCGGAAAUAAGUACAUCUUAUCCAUCCAAGACAUGUUGACAAAGUACAUAAUCUUAAUCCCCACAAAGCAUGCAAGCGCCGACGAAGUGGCGCGAGCCCUAACUGAAAAGGUCAUUUGCGUAUUCGGACCACCAGCCGCUAUCGUGACUGACCAGGGCUCACACUUCCAGAAUCGGAUACUGGAAAAGCUCGCGAAAAUAUUUCAAAUAAAAAAGUUCUGCACCACAGCUUACCACCCGCAAUCGAAUGGGUCAAUAGAGCGCAUGCAUCACACGCUCACGGAGUACUUACGCAAAUACGUGAAAGACACUACGUGA